AUGGACAGCUGUAAAAAAACAAUACAGUUGGCACCAGAAAUAACACUGAAACAUCGAGCUAAAUUAAAACAUUGUCGUAUUGAUAUUAAAGCACCGCAAAUUGUUAGUCAGUAUAACACGCAUAUAGGAGGCGUAGACACAUUAGAUAUGAUUGUAGCACUACACCUUAUACCAUUCCGUUCAAGAAAUGGUAUACAAGAAUCAUAUGGCGAGUAUUCGGUUCAGAGCUGGAACUGGUUGAGAAAAGGUAAACCAGUCUACUCCAGCCGGUCUGAAAGCGUAACUGGACCGGUCGGGCCGGCUGGAAUUCUUACUCAGACCGGUAAAAUACCGACGAAAACCUGGUGA